CGCCCUCCCCCGGCACCGCCCGCUCCGGGCACCGGGAGCUGGCCACAGAGGGAGGUGCUGAAGGCUCGGAGGAAGCCGAAGGACGCGGACAUCUUCGCUCCCCCUAAUUUCCUCCUCCCUGCCUCCUCUGCAGCCAUCUUGCACCGGCGGGGCUGAGGGAGGGGGCGGGCUGCGGGCAAUGGAGGGGAGAGCGUGAGGAGUUGCGGGGGCCUGAGGCGGCCAUGGGAGAUCCCGGCUGGCGCGUCUGCUGAGGCUGCGGCGGCUCUCACCGGCACCAUGGUGAAAAGGAAAAGCUCCGAGGGCCAGGAGCAGGAGAGUGGCCGCGGCAUCCCUCUGCCCAUCCAGACCUUCCUGUGGAGGCAAACCAGUGCAUUUUUAAGACCUAAACUGGGGAAACAAUAUGAAGCUUCCUGUGUGUCUUUUGAAAGAGUUUUAGUGGAAAACAAGCUGCAUGGCCUUUCUCCAGCUCUCUCUGAAGCCAUCCAGAGCAUUUCUCGCUGGGAGCUUGUCCAAGCUGCUCUCCCUCAUGUGCUGCACUGCACUGCAACGCUGCUCUCCAACAGGAAUAAGCUAGGACAUCAGGAUAAGCUUGGAGUAGCUGAAACCAAGCUGCUUCACACUCUUCACUGGAUGCUGCUGGAGGCUCCUCAGGACUGCAGCAAUGACAGAUUUGGAGGAGACAGAGGCUCCAGCUGGGGAGGGAGCAGCAGUGCCUUUAUCCACCAGGCUGAAAACCAAGGAUCACCAGGGCAUCCCCGGCCCAGUGCCGCGACCGAUGAGGAGGAGAAUAACAGGAGGAAGUUCUUCCAGAAUUCCAUGGCCACCGUGGAGCUGUUUGUGUUCCUCUUUGCUCCCCUCGUCCACAGGAUUAGAGAGUCCGACCUGACGUUCCGGCUGGCCAGUGGCCUUGUCAUUUGGCAGCCAAUGUGGGAGCACAGGCAGCCUGAAGUUUCUGCCUUCAAUGCUCUUGUGAAACCCAUCAGGAACAUCGUUACAGCCAAGAGAAGUUCUCCCACCAAUAAUCAGAAUGUGACUUGUGAAUCCCCUAAUCUGGACAGUGGACAUACUGAGGGACUGCAGGUGGUGUGUGAGGCACCGCAGCCAGAUCCUGUACCUCCAAAGGCUUCUGGUUCAGCAUGUCAUCCUGGAAAUUCCUUGGAGGGAAGUGUGUCCUCCCAAACAUCCCAGGAGAGAAGUUCUGCACAUCCCAGGGUGUCCUUGGUGAUUCCCCCGUGCCAGAAGUCUCGCUACGCCACCUACUUCGACGUGGCCGUGCUGCGCUGCCUGCUGCAGCCGCACUGGUCCGAGGAGGGCACGCAGUGGUCGCUCAUGUACUACCUGCAGAGGCUGAGGCACAUGCUGCAGGAGAAGCCUGAGAAGCCCCCUGAGCCUGAGGUUACCCCUCUGCCACGGCCUCGCAGCAGCUCCAUGGUGGCUGCUGCACCCUCCCUGGUGAACACCCACAAAACCCAGGAUCUUACAAUAAAAUGUAAUGAGGAAGAAAAGUCACUAAGCACAGAGGCAUUUUCCAAGGUUUCACUGACCAACCUGCGUAGACCAGCAGUUCCAGAUCUCUCCACAGACCUGGGCAUGAACAUCUUCAAAAAGUUCAAGAGCCGCAAAGAGGACAGGGAGCGCGAGCGCAAGGGCUCGAUUCCGUUCCACCACGCCGGCAAGAAGCGGCAGCGGCGGAUGGGGGUGCCCUUCCUGCUCCACGAGGAUCACCUGGAUGUCUCCCCCACUCGCAGCACUUUCUCCUUCGGCAGCUUCUCUGGGAUCGGAGAGGACCGGCGUGGCAUGGAGAGGGGAGGGUGGCCCACCACCAUCUUAGGGAAGUUUACCAGGAGGGGAAGCUCUGACACAGCCACGGAGAUGGAGGGGCUGAGCGCCCGGCACUCGCACUCCCACCACACGCUGGUCUCUGAACUGCCAGACCCCUCCAACAGCCAUGGGGACAACACAGUCAAGGAAGUGCGGUCCCAGAUCUCCACCAUCACCGUGGCCACCUUCAACACCACCCUGGCCUCGUUCAACGUGGGCUAUGCCGAUUUCUUCAGCGAGCACAUGAGGAAGCUCUGCAACCAGGUGCCCAUCCCCGAGAUGCCCCACGAGCCACUGGCAUGUGCCAACCUGCCACGGAGCCUGACAGACUCCUGCAUCAAUUACAGCUGCUUGGAGGAUACGGAUCACAUUGAUGGAACCAACAGCUUUGUCCACAAGAAUGGCAUGCUGGAUCUCUCGGUGGUGCUGAAGGCUGUUUACUUGGUUCUGAACCACGACAUCAGUUCGCGGAUUUGUGACGUGGCACUGAACAUUGUGGAGUGCUUGCUGCAGCUCGGUGUGGUGCCCUGUGUGGAGAAAGUGCGCAGGAAGAGUGAGAACAAAGAAAACGAGGCCCCUGAAAAGAGACCAAGUGAAGGCUCCUUCCAGCUUAAAGGGGCUGCUUGUGGUUCAGCCUGUGGGUUUGGGCCACCUCCAAUUAGUGGAGCUGGAGAUGGGGAAGAAGAAGGAGGUGGUGGAGGAGGUGGCGGAGGUGAUGGAGGUGGUGGAGGAGGAGGAGGGCCGUAUGAGAAGAAUGACAAGAAACAAGAAAAGGAUGAAGGCCCAUCUAUCAGCACCCAUAGGCUGGCACUCACAAUGCUGAUCAAAAUUGUGAAGUCCUUGGGCUGUGCCUAUGGUUGUGGAGAAGGACACCGAGGGCUCUCUGGAGACCGCCUGAGACUCCAGGUAUUUCGGGAGAAUGCCCAGAACUGCCUGACCAAGCUGUACAAACUGGACAAGAUGCAAUUCCGGCAGACCGUGAGAGAUUACGUGAACAAGGAUUCUCUCAAUAACGUGGUGGAUUUCCUGCAUGCUUUACUGGGAUUCUGCAUGGAGCCAGUCACUGACAAUAAGGCUGGAUUUGGGAAUAACUUCACCACGGUGGACAACAAGUCUACAGCCCAGAGUGUGGAAGGUAUUAUUGUGAGUGCCAUGUUCAAGUCAUUGAUCACUCGCUGUGCAUCCACCACACACGAGCUCCAUAGCCCAGAAAACCUGGGCCUGUACUGUGAUAUCCGACAGCUGGUGCAGUUUAUCAAGGAGGCCCAUGGGAAUGUAUUCAGGAGAGUGGCACUCAGUGCCCUCUUGGACAGUGCUGAAAAGUUAAUACCAGGAAAAAAGACAGAGGAAACAGAGCAAGAGCCAAAACCUUCUGGGAGCAAAAGGUCUGAGGCAGGAAGUGUCGUCAUUGACAAAGGGCAGGCCUCAGCUGCCCCUGAUGAGUGCCGGAGUUACGUUUCAAGCCGCCCCAUGCAGACUCCAGAGCAUGAUGAGCAGAUCCAAGGGGCCAAUCUGGGUCGCAAGGACUUCUGGAGGAAGAUGUUUAAGUCACAAAGUGCAGCCAGUGACACCAGCAGUCAGUCUGAGCAGGACACGUCCGAGUGCACCACGGCUCACUCUGGAACCACCACAGACAGGCGCUCCCGCUCUCGCUCUCGACGCAUCUCCCUCCGAAAGAAACUCAAGCUCCCCAUAGGUAAAUGGAACUGGCUGAAGCGCUCCUCCCUCUCUGGCCUGGCUGAUGGGGUGGAAGAUCUCCUGGAUAUCAGCUCUGUCGACCGUCUCUCCUUCAUCAGGCAGAGCUCCAAGGUGAAGUUUACCAGCGCAGUGAAGCUGUCAGAAGGAGGGGGGCCAGGAGGAGGCCUGGACAACGGGCGAGACGAAGAGGAGAAUUUCUUCAAGCGUCUUGGUAAAUGGCGCACCUGCCGAAGACACCCAUCCAAGCUCCAUCACACAGAAGAAAAAGAUGGUUGCCACAGCUUUGAUGAUCACUUGGCCUCCAAACAAGAAGGAGGGAAAUCCAAGAACGUUGUGAACCUGGGAGCGAUCCGCCAGGGCAUGAAGCGCUUCCAGUUUCUGCUGAACUGCUGUGAGCCAGGCACCAUCCCUGAUGCCUCCAUCCUGGCAGCAGCCCUGGACCUUGAGGCUCCCGUGGUGGCACGAGCAGCCCUGUUCCUCGAGUGCGCGCGCUUUGUGCACCGCUGCAAUCGUGGCAACUGGCCCGAGUGGAUGAAGGGCCACCACGUCAACAUCACCAAGAAAGGGCUCUCCCGGGGCCGUUCUCCCAUUGUGGGCAACAAAAGGAACCAGAAGCUGCAGUGGAAUGCAGCCAAGCUCUUCUACCAGUGGGGAGAUGCCAUUGGUGUCCGCCUCAACGAGCUGUGCCACGCGGAGAGCGAGAGCCCUGCCAACCUGCUCGGCCUCAUCUACGAUGAGGAGACCAAGAGGCGCCUGAGGAAGGAGGAUGAGGAGGAAGACUUUUUAGAUGACAGCACUGUGAAUCCUACCAAAUGUUGUUGUCCCUUUGCACUAAAAAUGGCAGCCUGUCAGCUGCUCCUGGAGAUAACCACGUUCCUGAGAGAGACCUUUCCCUACAUGCCCAGACCACGCACCGAGCCUCUUGUGGACCUGGAGAGCUGCAGGCUGCGGCUGGAUCCCGAGAUGGACCGACACAGGUAUGAGAGAAAGAUCAGCUUUGCUGGGGUUCUGGAUGAAAAUGAAGAUUCAAAGGAUUCCCUGCACAGCAGCAGCCACACCCUCAAAUCUGAGGCUGGCUUCGAGGAGAAAAAAGUUCCCAGCAGGAAGAUCAGGAUAGGAGGCUCCCGCUUGCUCCAGAUUAAAGGAACCCGCAGUUUCCGGGUGAAGAAGGGGGGUUCCCUUUCCAGCAUUCGCCGGGCCGGCAGCCUAAAGAGCACCAAGUUAUCACGGCAGGACUCAGAGUCUGAGAAUGAGGAGCUGCAGCUGUCCCACAGCAGGGACACUGUCACUGAUAUAGAAGGGAGCCCUUGGAGCGCGAGCGAGCCCAGCAUCGAACCCGAGGUACUGAGCAGCACGGGCAUGGAGGAGAACUAUCACCGGAACAUGUCCUGGCUGCACGUUAUGAUCCUGUUGUGCAACCAGCAAAGUUUCAUCUGCACACACAUUGACUACUGUCACCCCCACUGCUACCUGCACCACAGCCGCUCCUGCGCCCGCCUUGUCCGCGCCAUCAAACUGCUCUAUGGGGACACAGUGGACUCCCUGAGGGAAAACAGCACCCUGAACAACGUGGCAAGAGGCAAAAAGCAGAAGGAAUGCUCAGACAAGUCAUGCUUGAGAACUCCUUCUCUUAAAAAGAGAGUGAUCGAUAUCAACUUGGAAGGGAAGAAGGACUCUGGAAUGCUAAAAUACAUCAGGAAUCAGGUGAUGAGCCUGUCCCCUGCCCCUCUGUCGCUGCUGAUCAAGGCGGCUCCCAUCCUCACCGAGGAGAUGUACGGGGACAUCCAGCCAGCAGCCUGGGAGCUCCUGCUCAGCGUGGACGAGCACAUGGCUGGGGCAGCAGCUGCCAUGUUCCUGCUGUGUGCUGUGAAAGUGCCAGAGGCUGUUUCUGACAUGCUGAUGUCCGAAUUCCAUCACCCAGAAACAGUGCAAAGACUGAAUGCCAUCCUUAAAUUUCACACACUCUGGAGGUUCAGAUAUCAAGUGUGGCCAAGGAUGGAAGAGGGAGCACAGCAGAUCUUCAAGAUUCCUCCUCCAAGUAUAAACUUUACUCUGCCUUCUCCUGUGCUGGGGAUGCCAUCUGUGCCAAUGUUUGACCCUCCCUGGGUCCCUCAGUGCAGUGGGAGUGUGCAGGACCCUAUCAAUGAAGAUCAGUCGAAGUCCUUUUCUGCCCGAGCUGUGUCCCGUUCCCACCAGCGAGCGGAGCAUAUCCUGAAGAACCUGCAGCAGGAGGAAGAGAAGAAGCGCCUGGGCAGGGAAGCCAGCCUCAUCACUGCCAUCCCCAUCACUCAGGAGGCCUGCUACGAGCCAUCCUGUACACCAAGCUCUGAGCAGGAAGAGGAAGUAGAAGAAGUUGCCAACCUGGCCUCCCGCCGCCUGUCCGUGAGCCCGUCCUGCACCUCCAGCACCUCCCACAGGAAUUAUUCCUUCCGCCGCGGCUCCGUGUGGUCGGUGCGCUCAGCAGUCAGUGCAGAAGAUGAAGAGCACACCACGGAGCACACCCCAAACCACCACGUGCCCCAGCCACCCCAGGCUGUGUUUCCAGCAUGCAUCUGUGCUGCAGUGCUCCCCAUUGUCCACCUGAUGGAAGAUGGAGAAGUCCGGGAGGAUGGAGUAGCUGUCAGUGCUGUUGCCCAGCAGGUCCUGUGGAACUGCUUGAUUGAGGAUCCCUCUACAGUUCUGCGGCACUUCCUGGAGAAGCUCACCAUCAGCAAUCGCCAGGAUGAGCUGAUGUAUAUGCUGAGGAAGCUUUUGUUGAACAUUGGAGACUUUCCUGCCCAGACAUCUCAUAUCCUCUUUAACUACUUGGUGGGUUUGAUCAUGUAUUUUGUACGGACUCCGUGUGAAUGGGGCAUGGAUGCCAUUUCUGCCACUCUCACCUUCCUUUGGGAAGUGGUGGGUUAUGUUGAAGGACUCUUCUUCAAGGAUCUCAAACAGACCAUGAAGAAGGAACAGUGUGAAGUGAAGCUGCUGGUGACGGCUUCAAUGCCAGGCACAAAAACCCUCGUUGUGCAUGGACAGAAUGAGUGUGACAUCCCAACACAGUUACCAGUCCACGAGGACACACAGUUUGAGGCUCUGCUGAAGGAGUGUUUGGAGUUUUUUAACAUACCUGAAACUCAGUCUUCUCAUUAUUUUUUAAUGGAUAAGCGUUGGAAUCUCAUUCACUACAACAAGACCUAUGUCCGUGAUAUUUAUCCUUUCCGGAGGUCAGUUUCUCCCCAGCUCAACCUGGUGCAGAUGCAUCCAGAAAAGGGUCAAGAGCUCAUUCAGAAACAGGUGUUCACCCGCAAGCUGGAGGAGGUGGGGCGGGUGCUGUUCCUGAUCUCGCUGACGCAGAAGAUCCCUCCAGCCCACAAGCAGUCCCACGUGUCCAUGCUGCAGGAGGACCUGCUGCGCCUGCCCUCCUUCCCCCGCAGCGCCAUCGACGCCGAGUUCUCGCUCUUCAGCGACCCCCGAGCCGGCAAAGAGCUCUUUGGUCUAGACACCCUUCAGAAAAGCUUGUGGAUUAAGCUGCUGGAAGAGAUGUUCCUUGGCAUGCCCAGCGAGUUCCCGUGGGGGGAUGAGAUCAUGCUGUUCCUGAACGUGUUCAACGGCGCCCUGAUCCUGCACCCCGAGGACAGCGCCCUGCUCAGGCAGUACGCCGCCACCGUCAUCAACACGGCCGUGCACUUCAACCACCUCUUCUCCCUCAGCGGCUACCAGUGGGUGCUGCCCAGCAUGCUGCAGGUGUACUCUGACUACGAGAGCAACCCGCAGCUGCGCCAGGCCAUCGAGUUCGCGUGCCGCCAGUUCUACGUCCUGCACCGCAAGCCCUUCAUCCUGCAGCUCUUUGCCAGCGUGGCCCCUCUCCUGGAGUUCCCUGAUGUUACAAACAAUGGAACCAGCAAAGGAGUGUCAGCUCAGUGCCUGUUUGACCUGCUGCAGUCUUUGGAGGGAGAGACUCCAGACAUUUUGGACAUCUUAGAGCUGGUGAAAGCAGAAAAGCCUCUAAAGUCAUUAGACUUCUGCUAUGGGAAUGAAGAUCUGACCUUCUCCAUCAGUGAAGCCAUCAAGCUGUGUGUGACAGUGGUGGCUUAUGCUCCUGAGUCAUUCAGAAGCCUGCAGAUGCUGAUGGUCCUGGAAGCCCUGGUUCCCUGUUACCUGCAGAAGCUGAAGCGCCAGACAUCUCAGGUGGACACAGGGACAGCAGCUCGUGAGGAGAUUGCUUCCAUGGGUGCCCUGGCCACCUCUUUGCAGGCCCUCCUGUACAGUGUGGAAGUUCUCACCAGGCCUAUGACAGCCCCACAGAUGAGUCGAUGUGACCAAGGCCAUAAAGGGACCACAACAGCAAACCACACCAUGUCAGCAGGUGUGAACACCAGGUACCCAGAACAGGGAGCCAAACUGCACUUUAUCAGGGAGAACCUUCACCUAAUGGAGGAGGGCCAGGGCCUUCCCCGAGAGGAGCUGGAUGAAAGAAUUGCCAGGGAGGAGUUCAGGAGACCCCGGGAGUCGUUGCUGAAUAUCUGCACAGAGUUCUACAAGCACUGCGGCCCCCGGCUGAAGAUUUUGCAGAAUCUGGCUGGUGAGCCCCGAGUGACUUCUCUGGAGCUGCUGGAUGUGAAGUCCCACAUGAGGCUGGCAGAAAUCGCCCACUCCCUGCUGAAGCUGGCUCCUUACGACACGCAGACCAUGGAGAGCCGCGGGCUCCGGCGCUACAUCAUGGAGAUGCUGCCCAUCACCGACUGGACAGCCGAGGCGGUGAGACCUGCCCUGAUCCUCAUCCUAAAGAGAUUGGAUCGUAUGUUCAAUAAAAUUCACAAGAUGCCAACGCUGAGGCGCCAGGUUGAGUGGGAGCCUGCCAGCAGUUUGAUUGAAGGGGUUUGUUUGACACUUCAGAGGCAGCCUAUCAUAUCCUUCCUGCCUCACCUUAGGUCUCUGAUCAAUGUCUGUGUCAAUCUGGUGAUGGGAGUGGUAGGACCCUCCAGUGUGGCUGACGGAUUACCCCUUCUUCAUCUCAGCCCUUAUCUCUCGCCACCUCUGCCCUUCAGCACAGCUGUUGUCCGGCUUGUAGCAUUGCAGAUACAGGCUUUGAAAGAAGAUUUCCCCCUAAGCCAUGUCGUCUCCCCAUUCACCAAUCAGGAAAGAAGGGAAGGAAUGCUUUUAAACCUACUGAUUCCAUUUGUGCUCACAGUAGGAUCUGGAAGCAAAGACAGCCCCUGGCUGGAGCAGCCUGAGGUCCUGCUGCUGCUCCAGACCGUUAUCAAUAUCCUCCUGCCUCCUCGCAUCAUCAGCACUUCCCGCAGCAAGAAUUUCAUGCUGGAGAGCUCCCCCGCCCACUGCUCCACCCCCGGGGACGCGGGCAAGGACCUGCGCCGGGAGGGGCUGGCGGAAUCCACCAGCCAGGCUGCCUACCUGGCCCUGAAGGUGAUCCUUGUUUGCUUUGAACGCCAGCUGGACAGCCAGUGGUACUGGCUGAGCCUGCAAGUGAAGGAGAUGGCGCUGCGCAAGGUGGGAGGGCUGGCCCUGUGGGAUUUCCUCGACUUCAUCGUGCGGACGCGGAUCCCCAUCUUUGUGCUCCUCCGGCCCUUCAUCCAGUGCAAGCUGCUGGCCCAGCCAGCUGAGAACCACGAGGAGCUGAGUGCGCGGCAGCACAUCUCGGACCAGCUGGAGCGGCGCUUCAUCCCGCGCCCGCUCUGCAAGAGCUCCCUCAUCGCCGAGUUCAACAACGAGCUCAAGAUCCUCAAGGAGGCCGUGCACAGCGGCUCUGCUUACCAAGGGAAGACAUCUGUCAGCACAGUGGGCACCUCCACGUCUGCCUACCGCCUGAGCCUGGCCACCAUGUCGCGCUCCAACACGGGCACGGGCACGGUGUGGGAGCAGGAGAGCGAGCCCUCCCAGCAGGCGUCGCAGGACACGCUCAGCCGCACCGACGAGGAGGAUGAAGAAAAUGACUCCCUGAGCAUGCCCAGUGUGGUAAGUGAACAGGAAACAUACCUAAUGGGUGCCAUUGGGAGGAGGCGGUUCUCCAGCCAUCUCUCCAGCAUGUCUGCACCUCAGGCUGAGGUGGGCAUGUUACCCAGCCAAAGUGAACCUAAUGUCCUCGAUGACUCCCCGAGCCUGGCCACUGAGGGCAGCCUCUCUAGGGUGGCAAGCGUGCAGAGCGAGCCAGGACAGCAGAACCUCCUCCUGCAGCAGCCCCUGGGGCGGAAGAGAGGCCUGAGGCAGCUUCGCCGGCCGCUGCUGUCCCGUCAGAAGACUCAGACGGAGCCUCGGAGCCGUCACGGAGCUCGGCUUUCAACCACCAGGCGGAGCAUCCAGCCAAAGCCUAAACCCUGUGCGGAGCAGAAGCGCUCGGUGACGUUCACGGAGGCGCAGCCUGAGGCACCCCCGAGCUGCCCCGCGGAGCCGCCGGCGCAGCAGCAGCAGCAGCAGCAGCGGGGCUGCAGCCACAGCAGCCCCCCGGCCGCCGGCCAGCAGGAGCCGCUCGGCAAACCCGGGCUGCCUUCCUCGCCUGCCAUCGUCGUGGCUGAUCUUCACAGCCAGAGCGAGGCCCGGUGUGCUGAGGAGGAGGAGGAGAAGGAGGAGGGCCCGGAGUCGCGGCCAGCCACAGCGCAGAGCACGCCGCCCCCGCAGCUCUCGGACACCGAGGACUUCGCGGGGCUGGAGACCACGAGCCUGCUGCAGCACGGCGACACCGUCCUGCACAUCAGCGAGGACAACGGCAUGGAGAACCCCCUGCUGGCCACGCACUUCAGCUUCACGCACGUGGAGCUGGGCGAGACCGAUGUGGAUCUGGACGAGUCUCAUGUGUAACUCUUGGGGAAGUACAGUACUGGGAGGAGGAAGGAAGGAGGUGGUCACCUUUCCUUAGAGUUCCCUGCUAAACAGUAACUAAUUAAAACAAGAGCACUUUAUUGUCCAAGAGCAGGAAAUAGCUAUCAGCUGGUUGCUAUAGACUGGCAAAUUUCUGUUUGUGAGAUCUGUUUUCAGUUCAGGGCAGGACCACAGGAACCAAGAAUUGGUACAGAAUUCUCAGGAUAGGGGUGUGUAGGCAAACGUGGUCCAUGGAGCCCUGAUCUCCAGCCAUGUACUGUGAUCAGCAGCCUCAAUGGGCUGCUGGACUGUGUGAGACAGAGAAGUCUCUUCUGAGACUGUGCCUGAGAUUUAUUUUUGUAGUGUUUUUGAGAGCAGGGCUACACAGCAGCUGAAUCCAAGGCUCCUACACCUUGAAAACAGUGACAGAAAGUACCAAUCUAAUGCUUGAUUAUCUCAAGCCUGGGACCAUUGUUUCUAACAUGCAGAGCAACAAUAAGCACCAUAAAACAAUUAAUUUUUUUUUUUUUUGCCACUGCAGACUUUAGUUGAGUUUACUUUUGUCUGUUAGUUCCAUCCCACUCUGUAAAAUAUUGCCCUUGUGCUACAAAAAUAUUUGCUCUGUAAAAACUAAAUACAGUAUAUAGUGUAAGCAGGAAUGCAUGUGCUGUCCACAGACACAGAUGGGCAGGGGCUGAGUGGUCUGCAGGUGGCAUAAAUGACCCACACUGUCCUGCUUUAAUGUACUGAGCUGUUCAUCUCCAGACUUUUAAAA